AUGGUGGAAGCUCCUCAGUCUGUACAAUUCAAGCUAGUCUUAAUUGGAGACGGUGGUGUAGGAAAAACCACUUUUGUCAAGCGCCACCUCACCGGUGAAUACGAAAAGCGCUAUAUCGCUACAGUAGGUGUCGAUGUACAUCCACUCACUUUUUACACAACCCGUGGCCCAGUCUGCUUCAAUGUUUGGGAUACCGCAGGACAAGAAAAACUUUCAGGUCUUAGAGACGGCUAUUAUAUUGGUGGCCAAUGUGGCAUUAUCAUAUAUUAGAAGUUUUUCCAGGACUAUGGAAAUUAAUUAAAUUUAUUGCCAUAUGCCACAAUUUUUCAAGAAAAUUGUCAGCAAACUUCUAAUAUAUUAUAUUAUGUUUGAUGUCACUUCACGUAUCACUUAUAAGAAUGUGCCAAAAUGGCACAGAGAUCUAGUAAGAGUAUGUGAAAACAUACCAAUUGUGUUAGUUGGGAAUAAAGUGGACGUCAAAGAUAGAAAAGUCAAGGCUAACUCAUCUAUAUUAGAAAAAAUAUUUUAAUAAAAUAUUAAUUUUUAUUUCAAAAAUAUUUCUCUUUUAUUAUUAAGUAAAUAAGCAAAUCACUUAUCACAGAAGACACAAUCUUCAAUAUUUUGAUGUAUCAGCCAAGAGCAAUUAUCAGUUCGAAAAGCCUUUCUUAUGGCUUGCCAGAAGACUUUCUGGGGAUGCUAAUCUUAUGCUUGUUGAAGCUCCUGUAUUAGCUCCUCAAGACGUUCAGAUUGAUCCAGAACAGAUGGCAGAAAUUGAAAGAGAAAACGCAGAACUUGCAAGCUUGCAAAAUGCUCCAUUGCCAGCUGAAGAUGAAGAUGAAAACUUAGGCUAA